AUGUUCAAUAUAAGUGCCACCCUAAAUGUAUCACGUCUAUUACUAAAUCCUAGUCUUUGCUUACCACAUUUAACAGUAUCCUCGUUUGACCAAUUGACAUUUCCAAUUAAGUUUUCUAAUUUCAGCCAGGCUAAUAUUAAAGGAAUUGUACUUGAUAAGGAUAAUUGCUUCGCUAAAGACAAAGAUGACAAAGUCUGGCCAGAGUAUUCUGUAUGUUUAUUUUUACUUCGAUGA